AUGACUUGGAAGAACUUUGUGAAGGUGGAGACUACCAACCCUUUGGCUAGCAAAGGAAAAGGUUUUGUUCUCAUUGUGACUGUUUUACUGGGCUUCUUUGUGAGUUUGACAACGGUUGUUGCUUUGUCUCUGUUGUUUAACUAUUUUCGGGGGUGGCUACUUCCAGUUUGCAAGGAAUUUUCGACGGUGCUCUGUCAGUUUGAAGCCGUGAAUAGUUUGAAUUUGCAAGUUUGGAAGGCAUUUUCGAGGUUGCUUUGUGAGUUUCACACUGUGCAUGCUUUGAAUUUGCAAGGGUUGUUACUUUGUCUAUGUUAUUUAAUUGUUUGUGGGCAUGACUACUUCCAGUUUCCAAGGCAUUUUCGCAUAACUUUGGAUAUAGUUGUCGAGUUAGGUUUUGUUGUGGCUCUGACUGAAUGGUUUGAAUUUGCAAGUUGCAAGACUGUUUUGUUCAGCUUGUUUCUGAGGUUCUCGCCGUUAAUAGUUUUACGUUGUCAGGAAAAAACCCAAGAGUAUGUCCCUACCCCUUUUGCAAUUCAAUCUAUCAAUGCUGGGGAUGACCUUCCUUCAACAUUGCUACAAGUUUUGUCAUUUCAGAAAAUGCAGAACAACACAAAUGAUACUGACAGACAUAAAUUAGUGUUAUCUGAUGGCACAUACAUGACUAUUGUAAUACUUAGUCUAGAAGUGAAACAAAGUGAUUGCCUGUCCUUUGGUAAACCAGUAUACUUGUUCAAAAAACAACAACCAGAAAUGAUGUCUGAGGACAUACCAUCAACAUCUAAACGAUCUCUUCAAUUGGCCACUGAAUUGCCAUCCCCACAAACAACAACUUCUGAAAAUAUAAGCCCUAUCAAAACUUUGAAUCCAUACCAAAAUAAAUGGACAAUCAAAGGGAGAGUUACUCAUAAACGCCCUAUUAAGGCAUAUAACACAACCACAAAAAAUGGCCAUGUGUUUAGCUUUGACAUUGUUGAUUGUGAAGGUUCUGAAAUUAGAAUUACAUGUUUUGAUGAGAUAGCUAAGUUACACUCUAACUGUGUGGACAUAGGUUCACAUUAUCUUAUUUCAAAGGGAUCUAUUAAGGAGGCAAAUGCAAGGUACAACAAACUAAACAGUCAUUUAGAAAUCACCUUGUCUGAUGCAUCCAUACUGAAACGCUACACCAACGAAGAACAAGCAAAUCAACAAGGUCCUCCUUUCACGUCCAUUAAUGAAUUGUUUCAUCUAACAAAUAACACGUUGGUUGACAUAAUUGGCCUUGUUCUAUAUGUUGGAGAUAUCAUUCCAAUACACAGGAAAGAUGGCAGUCAAACACACAAACGUGUUGUGAAAAUUAGUGAUCUAUCUAAUUCAACAAUUGACAUCAACCUAUGGGGUCCAAUGGCAGAACAAAAAGGCCUAGAAUUGAAAAAUAUGUUGAGAAAUGAUAGUGUGGUUAUCCUUGCUUUACGUAAUGCUCGUGUUGGCUAUUUCAAUGGGAAGCUUAUAAACAUAACAACUGCAACCACAUUACAUAUCAACCCAACUUUUCCAGAAGCAGAGCUUCUAAUGUUAAGAGGAAAGGACCCUUUGUUGCAGAAACUAUCCACAUAG